CAGUUAGUGUAGUGGGCAAGGCCAAAAAAAUCCUCCACCAUCAUUAUUAAACAGCUGCAACCGACUGCAGCUACACUUUCAGUUCUCAGGUAAAAUACAGCUUGACCAGCAAUAAGAGAGAGGGCUUCGGAGCGGACACCACUGUCACAGGGAGGCCAGUCAGAAGAGCCUGGAGCACAUCAGCACAGAAACCAGACAGAGCCAUGGUGGAAUACUACCAGAUAUUGGGAGUCCAAAGAAACGCAACGCAAGAGGACAUCAAAAAAGCUUACAGAAAAUUGGCGUUGAAAUGGCAUCCAGAUAAGAACCCAGACAACAAGGAAGAGGCAGAGAGACGGUUCAAAGAGCUGUCAGAGGCUUAUGAAGUCCUGUCAGAUGAAAACAAAAGGAGUCUUUAUGACCGAUAUGGAAAAGAUGGCCUCUCUGGAGGAGGAAACCAUUACGAUAACUUCAGCCAUGGUCACCACUUCACAUUCCGUAACCCAGAGGACGUUUUCAGGGAAUUUUUUGGUGGGAGAGAUCCGUUUGCAGAUUUGUUUGGUGAUCCCUUUGAUGAUUUCUUUGGAGAUGGUCGCGGUCGUCAGAGAGGCGCACCCAGGAGCCAUGGGACAGUCUUUGGUUUCGGUGGCUUCCCCGUCUUCAGGCCUGCCUUCCCGGGGUUUGAUCCAGGUUUUAGCUCCUUUGGUGACAUGGGCGGCGGAGGCGGGGGAGGGUUUACUUCCUUUUCUACGUCUUCGUUUGGAGGCGGCGGACGAGAGAUGGGCAACUUCAAGUCUGUGUCGACCUCCACCAAGUUUAUCAAUGGCAGGAGAAUCGUCACAAAACGGAUUGUGGAGAACGGCCAGGAGCGGGUAGAGGUGGUGGAAGACGGUCAGUUAAAAUCCCUUACAGUUAAUGACAUUGCCCCCCAAGAACCCUUUGAGGAGGAGUUUCGCAGCCGCAGACAGAACGCGCUCCCCGGUCUGGGCCUGCACCAGCGCUACCUGAGGAACCCCACGGAGGAAGAGGAGGAGCACGGCCCGCCGAGCCUGGGACUAACGAGAGGACACGUGGAGACCAAGAGGAAGAAACUGUGGCUGAAGGAGGCAGAAUCCAAAAAGAAGCGAGCUCCUCGACUCCUCCCUCGUUUCAGUGGAUUCGGCACCUUUUAUUGAACAGCUCUUGGUUAUGUUUGGCCGACGUGCCUUCAGUUGGUUGUGGCAUUAGUUUGUAUUGGCUAAAAACAUCCGCUGCAGAUGCACCACAGCUCCUUUUCUCUAUUAGCUGCAGCACAAAGCAAUAAUGUCCUUCCCGCUUGUAUUAACCAACAGCCUCUCUCCGAGACCUCUGCUUAAUAUUUAGAUUUGUGCAGGAUUCUUUGUAGUUUAUCGGUCGGAAGAGGUGUUUCUUGCAUAAAUGAAGCCUCAGGGCGAGUCCUAACCAAUUAAAAUGCAUCAUUUAAAUUCUGGGGCUGGAUAAGUUGCAGUGAAGUCCUGCACAAGGGACAGAAAACCCUCCCGUUUCUCUGCAUCAGGCACAGGACUCCAACUCUCAAAUGAAUUGCACAUGCAUAAAAGCAAUAGAAGACCAACCCAAGGUGCAACUGGCAGAUAUUCUAUUUUUGUUAUUCAGGUUUUAUUUUUUAUCUGACGCUCGUGUGCUUCCCUUUCCGAUGGCGCCCUGGGCUGUUGCCCAUGUGGACAACAUCAAAAACGGCCUCUGUUGGUUGAUUUAAAAAAAAAAAAACAAUUAUGUUUAUAGGAUGGGCCUUGAAGAUGUAAAGCUAACACUUUAAUAUCUAAAUGAAUCUCUUCUUCCUGAGGUUUUGCGGUUUCUGCUUUUUGCUUCGUGCGUAUUUGAGAAAGUUCAGGUGAAAGGAGAACCACAGGAGCAGCUUUGUUUGAAAUUAGCAGACAGUUUGACACCGCGCAGCAUGCGAGAGUCAGUGAAGGUCAAACCAUUUAGUGGAUCCGUCUUUAAUAAGAGACAAAGACGAAGACAGAAGACUGGAAAAUGUGACUGCUACAAAGGCGUAUGGCUUUGGAGAAUAUUAGGAAAUGAUUAAACACGUUCAGCUCAGUCCUGUCUGGACUCUGGAUCACAUUUUUCCGCAGCAUGAAAAGGACACUAUUACCGCUCUUAAAUAUUACUUUAGACAAUUAAUUGUGUUUGUGAAUUCAUUGUAUUUGUAAAAGUUUUCUGGUGGAAGGUUUUCCUCAUUUGAUGGAUCCGGACAGAUGCAAAAGAAAUGUUCAAUUUUUAUGGACUUUCGUGAUUAAAUGCUUAACAAAAAAAACAAACAUAAA